AUGGCAGCAGAUACGCCAGCUGCCUAUCCCGGCCUCGGUCUUGAUAUCCGCUACGGCCCAUGGACAGGCGAAGGCUAUGGCUACCCUCAUGGCGCAAUUAACGAUGGCAACGGUACAGAGUCAGAGCUGCUCUAUGUCCGCGAACUGGCUAUGAUGAAUAUCAUGGACAAGCUGACUGACAAGCCGGACUGGCACAAGAAGGUAUUUGACGAAGAAAUCGUUGCAAAGUGGCGCAAGGAAGCCCUUGCGAUUCCAGAUGAAGAGCUGUACAAAUUGGCUCAUAGCGGUGGCGAGAAAAUGCCAGAGAACAUCCUGAAUGAAAACACAGUCGACUGUUGUAUCAAGGAACUUCGCAGCAAGGCCAAGUACUUUGAGCAGACUGGCAUUGUUCCUACCAUGGAAGCUUGUGCUUCAAUCGCCAAAUCCGAUACUCUCGUUACUCAAGAGCUCCAUGAAGCAUUGCGCCGUGCAUUCGACCAACUCAAGCUUGACCAACAAGCAUCUCCCGACUGGCAUCCAAAUUCCCAAGACAUGGUCCAAGAUCUUGUUCAUCCUUCCAUGUAUCCCCUUGUCUUCGGUCGUACACGAGCAUUUCCAGAAGAAUGUGUUGGGGUUGAAGAUGCCAUCAAAACUUGGGCCGGAAAAGGCACCAUCAUCCCCAAGGAAGAAGAACUACCAUCCGAUGAUAAUCAGCGCCGUGGUUUGUGGAAUCGUGAAGUCGAUCACUACUCGAGCAACUACCAAUGGCUGCCAGCCAACGUCGCCUUCCAAGACGAUGGCAGCGUGAAGUUGACCAGCUAUAUCAACAACUUGCACCCGAACAAAUAUCCAGAAAUCUACCGCACAAUCGAGAAGCUCGUGGAGACGACGCUCCCUCUGUGGGACCAGUGCCUAUCCCAGGAUGAAGUGGAUGAAGACGCUUUGGAAGAAGAAGGUUACUAUCCGUAUGAUGACGACGAAGAUGGAGAGCAGCUCAAGGAAUACAAAUGGCGAGUGGUUCGCAAACCUAAGCUUCCUGAGCCAGUCUUUAAGGAAAUUGAGUAUGCGCCCAAGGAAGGUACUCGCCUCAUCGAUCGCUUCAAGGAAACCGGCCUCCAGAUAAUCGUCAAAAUGGCAUCAAUCGAGUUAGAUCCUCAGAAGGCCGAAUUUCCGACCGGUAGCUGGCACGUCGAAGGUCAGCUGAAUGAGCACAUUUGCGGCACCGCGCUGUACUAUCUUGAUAGCGAGAACAUUACAGACAAUAACUUGUCAUUUCGUAUGCUGACGUCGGAAGACCUUGGGUACGAUUCAGAGUACGCCGUUGGACAGCAGUCAUAUUCCUGGAUGGAAUCCGUCUUUGGAACAUCGCUCGGAUCUGGAGGCGGCGAUGCUUGUCUGCAGAACUAUGGCAGUGUGCAAACUCGACAAGGUCGUUUGCUUGCAUUUCCAAAUACCUUGUUAGACACGCAGUCAAGCCCCGAGUACGUCUUCGCUAACAUAAUUGCCAGUCAACACCAGGUGUCUUCCUUCAAGCUUAUCGAUCCUGCCAAACCCGGUCACCGCCGCUUCAUUGCUCUCUGGCUCGUCGACCCCCACAUGCGCAUCAUUAGCACCGCAAACGUCCCACCACAGCAAAUGUCAUGGUACGCUGAGAACCUCCUAGGAACGACCGCCGUUGCGCGCAAGCAGGCACUCGCCAAACUUCCAGCGGAACUCGUCGCAAUUCUGCAAGAACGCGGUUUGCUCACUGCGGACAAUAUUGCCUUGAGCGACAAUGCGAAGCUGCCCGCGGAGCUGUUGGAUAUGGUGCGUGGGUAUGUUGACGCCGAAGGACAUGCUUUGCCCAUGGGAAUCGAAGAGGCGCGGGAACAUCGGGUGAAGUUAAUGGAAGAAAGGAGUAGGCAUGUGAGAAACGCCGAACAAGCCUGGGAGUCGAGCGUGUACAGCUUCUGCGAGCACUAA